UUGUUUUUUUUUUUACUUUCCCCAGAUAUUAUAUUUCGGUAAAAAUACUGACAGCUCGAGUGACCACAAUAUGGCGACUUUCGCAUUGUAAUGCUGGCAGAGUUCUGCUCCAUGCGCAGGCAUUUUGGCAAUAUAAGGAUGCUUUUCCUGAUUGUAUCACUUCACUGAAAUAAAGGCAUGACUAUUCUAUGGAUUUCAGAUUCAUAUAUACUGUCUCUGAAUAAAGCAAUCUAUUUGUGGUGCACACGAGGCCAGAAGUUUGUGACUCUCUCUGUCUCAACUUGGUUUAAUAAACCAUCUGGUCAGCUUCAUUUCAAAAGGCCUCUGAACUACAGAAUCCGAGAUCUCCGCCAUACCUGGAAGCACAGCCAAAAGAGCAGCAUUCUGAGACCAUGCCCUGCUGUUAGUUUCUUUAAGCACAAGGUUUUGCUGUACACCGGCGUUUCUGGUUUUAGUACCUCGGCCUUCCUUGGUUCUACCAACCAGAGUUAUCGCAUGUCCCGACUCAAGAACACGUUAGAUUCUGUAUCAAAAGCCGUAAGUGGGACGCAAGCAGAGAUUUUCUCCCGAAUCGCACGGCUCAAACCCAGUGCCAAAGACGGUGCAGAGACAACAGCGCUUCAAGAUCAGAGCAAUGGAUCAGCUUUGUCUGGAUCUUCACCAGCGCUUGUAUCUCAUCCAACAUCAUCACCUACAGCUUCACCACCAAACACAAACCUUCCCGAAACCUCUACUGUCCAAGUGGAAGUAAAAUCCGAGAAUUCUCAGUCACUUCCCUCUAAAGUGACCCGACCAGCUACAACCACAGCAUCUACAUCAGCACCUUCACCCAUUGGCUUUACGUCCUCUCGACAGACUACGCAUCUCUUCCACCCAAGUUCUUUCAGCGUCAACCUAGACGAGACCUAUAACUCCCUAGCGCACCACGUGAACUCUUACUUUAGCAGCUUCGCUAUGGAUACAGAUAAAAAAGAAGAGGCAAAAGAUUGUUCUGUGCAGUCGCCCACUUCUAAACCUGACCCGUGCCACCAGAGCACCGAUAAUGCCCCCACUCACGUAAAGGACCAGACAUCAUCUGAGAGAUCUGUCUCAGACCCAAGUUCUUCCUUGUCUCCCAAAAAGGGCUUAGGACAUUACCUGACGUACAAGCCUACCGUCCAGGCGUUUGUAGGGAACUACAUCGCCCCCUUAGUUCCCAGGUUUAGGACAGAACCAAAGCGUGCACUACCAGAAACGGACAAACCUUCUACACCCGAAGACCCUGGUUCAAAACCGAAGGAGAUCACGGAGAGCAAAGAGCAGAAGGCAGCAGAGGAAAAGGCCAGGAGACUUCUGCUUCAAAGAGAGAAGAUCAUUGCCCGGGUGAGUGUGGAUAAUCGGACGCGAGCGCUGGUCCAAGCCCUCCGCAGAGCAUCAGACGUGAGGCUUUAUAUCAGCAGGGUGGAGGAGCUGAGCUACCAUCUGCUGGAGUUCCCUGAGACCAGGAUAGUGGCUGUCAAGGAGAAGGUGAUUUCAUGCUUGCUGCGCCUGAGGCAGGCUAAUGAUCCAGCUCUAAAAGCGGCGGUCAGAGAGGCCCUCACCCUGGUGGGCUACGUGGACCCAGUGAGGAGCAAGGGGAUUCGCAUACUGUCCAUAGAUGGUGGAGGCACAAGAGGACUGGUGGCCCUUCAGACUUUACAAAAGCUGGAAGAGAUGUCUGGAAAAUCAAUUUACCAGCUUUUCGAUUACAUUUGUGGUGUGAGCACAGGUGCAAUACUAGGCUUCAUGCUGGGUGUAUAUCAUAUCCCCCUGAGUGAGUGUGAGGAGAUGUACAGAAAGCUGGGCUCUGAUGUCUUUAGGCAGAAUGUCAUUGUGGGUACAGUGAAGAUGGGUUGGAAUCAUGCCUUCUAUGACAGCGAGAUCUGGGAGAAAGUUCUGAAAGAAAGAAUGGGCUCUGACCUUCUGGUAGAAACCUCAAGAAACCCGGAUUGUCCUAAGGUGGCAGCAGUGAGUACCGUCGUAAAUAAGGGCACGCCAUUAAAGGCAUACGUCUUCAGGAACUACAACUUGCCAGUAGGCGUGCGCUCGCACUACAGAGGCGGCUGUCAGCACAAGCUCUGGGAGGCCAUUCGAGCUUCCUCAGCUGCUCCUGGAUACUUCCAGGAGUUCGCAUUGGGCACUGACUUACACCAGGAUGGGGGCUUGCUAAUAAACAACCCAACAGCACUGGCGAUCCACGAAUGCCAGUGUCUGUGGCCGGGCACCCCGCUUCAGUGUGUCGUUUCUUUGGGCACAGGACGCUUCGAGUCAGCCAGCAAGAACACCACCUACACAAGUCUGAAGACCAAACUGACCCACGUCAUCAGCAGUGCAACAGACACAGAGGAGGUGCACACCAUGCUGGAUGCCCUGCUGCCUCCCAAUACGUAUUUCCGCUUCAACCCAUACAUGACCGAGGACGUGGCUCUGGACGAGAGCCGCAGGGAGAAGCUGAACCAGCUGCUGGCAGAAGGAGUGAGAUACCUCGAGUGCAACGAGGAGAAGCUGAAACGAGCCAUGCACGCGCUUACCCAGGAGAAGAGCUCGGCCCAGAGGCUGCUCGAAUGGCUCCGUCUCAAAUCACACAUGUACGGCGACCUUCCUGUCCUUUCAAAACUAUAGACGAAUAAACAGAAUCAGGGGGAAAAUUCCGUAGCAGUUUCUGUGGUAUAUACGAUUACAGAUGUAACCUGGGCACAAAUUACUUUUCAACUUUAUUUGUGUAGAAAAGCACUUUUGCUAUUAGGAUCAUUCAUUACAAUAGAUAAAAUUGUUAUCAUGGUGUCUCUAAACACAUGUAUUCUGUAAAACGAUAAAAGCACUUACCGACAAAAUCUGCAGGACAUGAUAUUUAAAAUGACAUGGCUAGAAUAAAACUUUAUAAAGACAAAAUUGACCCUGAAUGUAUAGCACAGCUGCUAUAUUACUGCACUGUCAUAAUUUAAUCAUAAUUUUUCAUUUUUAUGGGGGAAAAGACCUUUGCAUGCUUUUAGAUAUGCUCACAUAAAUAGUCCAUAUAUUGUAAUAUAACUUCAAUCCCUGCUUGCUAGUUUUGCAAAAGGAUAACAUCAGGUAUUUUUUAUUUUCGUUGAGUCAAAUUUGCACAAGUCACAUUUACGUUCAGGAUAAACGUAAUUUUUAGCAUUAUUUAGCAUUUAAACUCGAAUCACAGAUCAGUGUGGUUUAGGUAAAUCUGGAGAAUUGAGUCUUUGUGGACUGUGGCCAAGCUACUUUUUUUUUUUUUUUUUUAA